UGACCUCUCUUUGCCAUUUUCACAAAUCAUAUCUCUCUCCAAAGAUCAAAGUUUCUAUUUCAGGCGAAUCUUUGUAUUUCAACAUGCAGUGGUCAACCCAGAUUCUCCAACCGGAACCAUUCUCCACCGCCGCCACCAACCGCCCAUCACCGCAUCCGCCGCUCACCGCCGCCCAGCAAGAGUUCUCCAUCAUGGUCUCCGCUCUGCAGAAUGUCAUCAACGGCGGAGAUGCCGCAGCCGCCGCCACGUCAACCAGCACGCACCAGACUUCUUGCGAAGGAUUUGCAGAGCCGCCGCCGCCGCCGCUGCUAGGGCAGAAGUGUCAGUUCUGCAAAUACGAGGGGUGUUUGGGGUGCAACUUCUUUGCGGCGGCGCCGGAAGACGCCCGUCAAAUGGCGAAGAAGAAGAAAAGCAACGCCGUGGUGAUGAAGAGGAAGAAGAAGAAUUACAGGGGAGUGAGGCAGAGGCCGUGGGGUAAAUGGGCGGCGGAGAUUCGAGACCCGAGGAAGGCGGUGCGAGUUUGGCUGGGAACCUUUAAGACGGCGGAGGAGGCGGCGAGGGCUUACGACAGAGCCGCCAUUGAGUUCAGAGGUCCCAGAGCCAAGCUCAAUUUCUCAUUUGCCGAUUACACCAAUACUACUACUUCUACUACCAUGGCAGUGACGACUUCAAGUACACGUCAGCAAGACGUUACAAAUCCUUCUUCAUCAUCCACUAUCUCCCAACAGCCGCCGCAAGUAGUACAAGAAAACAGUGAAAAUGGGACAAAUUGGUCGGUGCCGGCGAAAAUGGAAGUAGGUAACGGAGACCAGGAGUUUCAAGAAUGGAUGAAGAUGUUGAUGGAUUUCAAUGACGUCUCUUCCGAUUACAUUCUUCAACUACCGUAAACUUAAACUUAGCCUAGCUAGCCACUUGUUUUUGAAUCCAUGUUCACUUGAUAAUUACAAGUUUUUAAGUUUGAUUUUUUUUAAAAAAUGUUUAUUGAUCUUUUAGAUUGAUCCAAUAAACUAUAAACAAUGUAACCUAAGCUAUUUUGUUUCUUUAAUUAGUUUCCGAGCACAUUUUUAGAUUGUGGUUGAGAAAUUUUUUGUAAAUUAAAGUUAAACUAUUGUACUAA